CAGAUAAAUUCUACCCGACAGUCUCCCCUUAUGACAUCUAGCCGUCACUCCUCCAACAUAUCGUCCACUCGCCAGCAUUCGUCAAGCUUCCUGAACGACACCCCGCGGUCGAAGGGCUCCAAGACCUCCGAGCUCUUCCAUCAAACGGUCGUGGCUAUUGAGGACGAGUCGCAUCACCGCUCCGGUGAUAGGCUGCUGUCUCCCAUGACCCCGAUGGGCAGAUCGUCACAACGCAAAAGCGAGAUAAGCCCGGCGGCAUUAGAGUUCUUCUUCAAGGCUCGGACAGCCCAGGACCGCGAGAACUGCAUUCUCACAGGCGCAACAUAUCUUGGUGACGGUCGCAUCGUUCUCGUCGACCAGAUGCUGCGGAAACUAAAGCUCUUCGACCAGAACUACCACUGGGUAGGCGAGAAGGUUCUUCCGGGACGCCCAUAUGAUAUCGUGAACGUAACCGACAACGAGAUCGCCGUCACGUUCCCUAGGGAAAAGAGAAUCCAGGUGUUCGCAGUGCGCCAAACUGACUUCCUACCGACGUUCACGAUCGCCACGGGCGCCAAGUGCUGGGGUCUGGCUUACAACGCCAUUCACAAACGCUUUGCCGUCUGCUGCUACACGCAGCCGCCCUGUGUGAAGAUAUUUUCCCGGAGCGACGGCCGAGAGAUAAAGUCGCUCACGCGUGACCGCACCGGCGUGGAACUCUUCUUCUUCCCGGAUUACGUGGCUAUGGACAGUGCAGGUCGGAACGUGUUCGUGACAGACAAGUACAAGAAGUCAGUGAUAGGCCUAACGGUGGACGGCGAGAAGCGCUGGGAGGUCAGCAUCCACGGGCUCACCAACCCGCGCGGCAUCUGCAUCGUCGGGACCAAAAUAUACGUCGCCGGCUGCAGGUCGCACAACGUGAUGCUACUGACGACGGACGGCGAGCAGUUGGGCGAGGUGAUAGUGGAGGGCAUCUCCUUCCCGAACAAGAUCUGCCUCAGUCCGCGCGCAGACCGCCUGCUCGUCACUCAGUUCCAGGGUACGCUGAUCGACAUCGAGCGCAACACGGUGAAAAUCUACAGAGUUGAUUGAGAAGGAAACCCGGAAUCUCUAGAUCGUUUCAGAUUUGGUUAAUGAAAUUAUGUCCCCUUUUUCUCGAACUGUGAUUUUAUAUGUUUGUGUGUGUUAUCUGUUAUGCAUCUUCAUUGUUUAUAAAUCGGUUCAUUUUGCAGGUGAUUUGUGAUAAUAUUAAAAAACGUUGUAAAUACAUUUGUGCCUAUGUGGUGUUAGGGUUAAUUGACAAUAGUUUUAUUUGUAUACGAAUGAUCGUUGAACUGUUUAACAAUAUCCUAUUUAAAGUCACGUUAAUAAGUAUCCACAUUAUAAUGUAGUAUCUGAGUGUGUCAUGAAGUGUUCUGUAUCCUAGUUACAAAGAUCUGUUAUUAUUGACAGCUCUUUUUUAGUGUGCACUGCUAUGAAAUUGAAUGUUUAUUCUUCAACUAGACAAGUAUAUAUAGUACACGGUAUCGUGUCCAUGUU